CUAACGAACACCUCACGCGCUCCACUCCCGGCGGCGGCGCGUGCAGCCGGCGAGUCCGCCUCUCCUCGAAACUCCGGCGGUUCAUCGGCCCCAUCCUCGCCGCCGCGAUGAAGUUUGACCUGGAGGGCCUGACGGUGCACUUCCCGUACGCGGCGAUCUACCCGGAGCAGCACGCGUACAUGGGGGAGCUGAAGCGCGCCCUCGACGCGCGGGGCCACGCGCUGCUCGAGAUGCCGACGGGCACCGGCAAGACGGCGGCGCUGAUCUCCCUCAUCACGUCGUACUCCCUCGCCAACCCGUCCCGCCCGCUCCGCCUCAUCUACUGCACCCGCACGGUGCACGAGAUGGAGAAGACCCUCGCCGAGCUCCGCCUCCUCUUCGCCCACCUCCCGCCGGCCGCCUCCCGCUCCCUCCUCGCGCUCGGCCUCUCCUCCCGCAAGAACCUCUGCGUCCACCCCCAGGCCUCCGCCGCCGCCGCCCGCGACUCCGUCGACACCGCCUGCCGCCGCCUCACCGCCUCGUGGGUCCGCGACAAGGCCGCCUCCGACCCGGACUCCACCCCGCUCUGCGACUUCUUCGAGUCCUUCGACCGCGCCGCCACCGCCGGUGACCUCGCCUCCUACAUGCCCCCCGGGGUCUACACCCUCGCCGACCUCCGCGCCCUCGGCCGCGACCGCCGAAUCUGCCCUUACUUCCUCGCGAGGCAGAUGGUCAAGUACGCCAAUGUCGUGGUCUACAGCUACCAGUACCUGAUCGACCCCAAGGUGUCCAGCAUCGUGUCCAGGGAGAUGCAGAAGGAGUGCGUCGUCGUCUUCGACGAGGCGCACAACAUCGACAACGUCUGCAUUGAGGCUCUUAGUGUCAGCAUCCGCAAGCAGACGCUUGAAGGCGCUGAACGAAACUUGCGGCGCAUCUCACACGAGAUCGAUAGGUUCAAGGCCACCGAUGCCAAUAGGCUUCGUGCUGAAUACAACAGGCUGGUUGAUGGAUUGGCACAGAGGGGAAACCUACCAAUAUCGGAUACUUGGCUCGCGAACCCAGCCUUGCCUGAUGACAUUCUGAAGGAAGCUGUACCAGGAAACAUCAGGAGGGCUGAGCAUUUCCUUGCUGUACUGCGAAGGCUUGUCAGAUUCCUAGAUGGACGCCUGGAUACAGAGAAUGUUGAGAAUGAAAUGCCUGUUGCCUUUGUUGCUUCAAUCCAUUCUCAGGCUGGAAUCGACCAGAAAAUGUUGAGAUUUUGUUAUGACCGACUGCACUCUCUAAUGCUUACCUUGGAGAUAACCGAUACAGAUGAGUUCAUGCACAUCCAAACAAUCUGUGACUUUGCCACAUUGAUUGGAACUUAUACGCGGGGCUUUUCUAUAAUAAUAGAACCCUACGAUGAGAGAAUGCCUGAUAUCCGUGAUCCUGUGAUUCAGCUCAGUUGCCAUGAUGCUUCACUCGCAAUACAACCUGUUUUUGAGCGUUUCCAAACGGUUGUCAUAACUUCUGGAACUCUCAGCCCAAUAGACCUCUAUCCUCGACUUCUGAAUUUUAAUCCUGUUAUAAGUAGGAGCUUCACGAUGUCCUUAACAAGGGAUUGCAUAUGUCCCAUGGUCUUGACAAGAGGAAGCGACCAGCUACCUGUCAGCACGAAGUUUGAUAUGCGUAGUGAUCCUGGCGUUGUGAGGAACUAUGGUCGGCUCUUGCUGGAGAUGGCUGCUGCUGUUCCAGAUGGCAUAGUUUGUUUUUUUGUCAGUUAUUCUUAUAUGGAUGGCAUUGUCAACAGCUGGAAUGAGAUGGGCAUUUUACAGGACAUCAUGCAGCAUAAGUUGGUAUUCAUCGAAACACCAGAUGUUGUUGAGACAACACUGGCCCUUGAUAAUUACAGAAAGGCAUGUGAUUGUGGAAGAGGUGCUAUAUUCUUUUCUGUUGCCAGAGGCAAAGUUGCUGAAGGUAUUGAUUUUGAUCGACACUAUGGCAGACUUGUGAUCAUGUUUGGUGUUCCUUUCCAGUACACACUCAGCAGGAUAUUACUUGCUAGGUUAGAGUACCUAAGAGAAACUUUUCAGAUAAAGGAGGGUGACUUCCUGACCUUCGAUGCAUUGAGGCAAGCUGCACAAUGUGUUGGCCGUGUGAUUCGUUCUAAAGCAGACUAUGGAAUGAUGAUAUUUGCUGACAAGAGAUACAGUCGACAUGAUAAACGGUCUAAACUUCCUGGGUGGAUAUUGUCGCACUUGCAUGAUGCUCACCUAAAUCUGAGCACUGAUAUGGCUUUGCAUAUAGCCCGUGAGUUCCUCCGGAGGAUGGCACAGCCUUACGACAAGACGGGGAGCGGCGGCAGCAAGACCCUCUUAACCGAGGAGGAUUUGCAGAAAAUGGCACAGGACGCCAUGGAGAUGUGAAACAAUGUUGAAGGCCUGAAGAGGGAGGGAGAGGGAGAAAUCUAUCUGCUGUACAAUACAUUCAAAAUUGAGGUUCAAGUCAGAAAUGUACAAAGAAAUUUUGGCUACUCAUGUAACAAGCAUGAAUUCCAUCUGCACGGGCCAGUCUAAUGAAUCGGCUUUAUCAACA